AUGUGAUAAAGACUAUAGAAGCAAUGUUUGACAAUGCAUUUCAAUUUCAAAAAGCAAUUGAGGGAGUGAACAGUGCUGGAGACAAAUGGGAGGCGCAACAGACAUGGAAAACUGAAAUGGUAGUAGCUAAAUAUACUGGGAAGAUCUCAGGCCCGAAGGAAAGGAAUGAGACGAAGCAUAUUGGGGGGCCUAACAUGCAGGAGGGCAGCCCAAGCUAUGCAGCAUCAUCUAACAUGGGCUUGGCCCAAAAAACAAUAGAGGAGACAAACCCAAAUCCAAAAAAUGUGGCAGAAACAGAAGACAGAUCAAAUAAUGGGAAAAAGAGGUGCAAAAACAGGGAACACAAGAUAGAAAGGAAGGAAAAUUCAGAAACUGAGAAGGAAAAUAUCAAAGACAACGAGCUUGCAGAAGAAUCGAAGGAAAGUAAAGAACAAGAUCUCCCACGAGAAGCUCAUAGAAAAAAUAAAAAGGAAGCGCAGAUCUGGAGGAAAAGGAGAUCGAAGAAGUCUAUAAAGAUGAGAAAGAAGAAAAUAAGCUUGUGUAGUUUGGUUUACUCAAAAUCAAAAGAUGUUGGAGAAGGAUUGCAAAAAAUAAAAGGAAAGAGAAGUACCAACAAUCAACAUGGGGGAGGGAAGGUAGAUUCGGAAUUUGUAGCGAGCCCAAAUGGUGAAAUUGCGGGUGAAUCCAUUGUCAAUAGUGGAAUCCAAAACUGCAAUAGAGCAUGGAGGAAGAAAAUGAGUGACCAGCUUGCUAAGGAAAUUUGGGAUUUAGCUAAACAUCUUGGUGCUACAACAGAGAAUGAUGAAGAUAUUAUGCAGGGAAUUGAGGGAAUGGAGUGCAGAGACAGGCAGACAAAGACAGAAUUGGGGAGACAAGGAGUCGGCGAUGAAAAGAAAGUACGCAGAUCUCAGGUGUUCAGGAAAAAAGAGGUUUUAGUGGGGAGAAGUUAUAUUGGUGUGAGUGGGUUAUGGGGGGAGGAUCAGACAUUGGUAUACAUAUUGAAUGUCUGUUCCCCAUGUCAAUUGAUGGGAAAAAGAGCCUUAUGGAAGGAGUUACUAAACCUGAUCAUGAGUAGAAAGGGUAAUUGGUGUUUAAGAGGAGACUUUAAUGAUGUAAGAUGUGUAGAGGAACGGGCAGGAUGCAGGGAGAUAUCGAGGGAAAUGAAAGAGUUUAACUUUUUUAUUCAUGAUGUGGGACUAGUUGAUUUACCAUUAGUGGGAAGAAAAUACACUUGAUACAAUUCCAAUUGCCAAAGCAUAAGUAGAAUUGAUAGAUAUUUGCUAUCGGAAGAAUGGCUUAUGAAGUGAAGUGAUGUAAAGCAAUGGGGAUUGAGAAGAACAGUGUCAAAUCAUUGCCCUAUCAUGUUGAAGAAUGAAAGGAUUGAUUGGGG